AUGGACGAUGACAUACAAGCAAUUGCCAUAGGUCUUGGUGCUGGACUAGGUGGAUUUGCUGGCCUUUUACUCAUUGGUUGCAUUUGUUGGCAAAUACUUUGUGGCUCUUGGUGUGAGAAGAAAAAAGUUCAAGCAAGAAUAAAACCAAUUCCAGCUAAAAAUCAACGACAUAUAACAACAGUAACUAAAGCACAUAAUAAUGUAUCAACUAUGACAGCUAUGAAAAAUACUAAUGUUGAUCCUGAUUUAAAACCGAAUCCUGCGAAUGAUUUAGCAAUUGAAAUACGUUUUCAUAUAUCCGAUCAUUAUUUUAUUUGCACACCUGAACAAGUUAAUGAACAUAUGAUUGUAUAUCUGAUAGGUGAAUCUGUUCCAUAUGAUAAGAUUAAUAAUCAAUAUCUAUGUGAAUCUCAAAAUCAUGCAUGUAAGCAUUUUCAAGAAAAAACUUGGGCAUAUUGUGAAAGUGCUAAUGAAAAUAGUGGUUAUUCAAUAUUACGACGUCAAUUUUUAUUAAUGAUUGAAAAAUAUAAACCAAUUCAACUUCGUUACUCGUCUUGCUGUUGGGCGAAUUCAUCAGAUAAACACUUUUAUUUUGAUUUAUCUAUUGAAACAAAAUUAAAUCGAAAUAAUUCAUCACCUUAUCCAUAUAUACCAACAUCGUAUUAUGUUGAUUUUAAUAAACCAAAAGCAAUAAAAAUAUUUGUCUAUGAUGCUGAUGAUGAUGAAAUUGUUUGCGAACGAUUUGAAGAAGAUCUUGGUAGAUUUUUAACAGUAAAUGUUGAUAAUAAUUGUACAUUGACUUAUCAAACAAAUCGAUUUGGUAAACAAUUUGGUCAAUUUUGGUUAAUGGAUCGAAAUAAAAAUCAAAUUCUUUCACGCUCGUUAAUUAGUAUUCAAGUAUUUGUUUUAAAAGAUAUUAUUUGUAAUAUACAACCUGAAAUUAUUGUUGAAAGUAAAGAAGAUCGAUCUAAUAUGUCUACAAUCAGAAUAAAAGAAUCAGUUUAUAUAAGCGUUAGUUUGAAUCCUAAUUGUCUUUUAAUUGAACCUCAAGAUCAAACAAUAACUGAACUAACAACAUUAUGUACGAACAAACAACCAGUUGUUUUAGCUAAUGGUGGUAUUGAAGUUAUAUUUGAAUGUUCACCAACUUUAUGUGAAAAAUAUCAAGUAUGUUUUGUCGGUGAAUUCGGUCUUAAGUUACCAUCUACUGAAAUUAAAUGUUUUUCAAUUGAAAUUAUCGGUACUGGGGAUGAAUGUGCACAUGCCGUAAGCAAUUAUCAUUUUCUGAAACCUCACAAUCGCCAUUUUAUCAUAGCAGAGCCUAUUACUCAAAAACAAAGCGCAACAAUAUCAACAACAUCGUCAAAAUCAUCGCCAUCAAAAUUAUGGAAGACAACGACAACAUUACCACGAUCACAUUCGAGAGUAUCAUUAUCAUCAGGAUCUAAAUUUCGAAGCUGGAUGUGGAUUUUAGUUGUUCUUAUAUUUUUUCUUUUGAUUGGAUUUACUGGAUAUUUCGGUUUUAAGCACAUAUUACGGACAUUUAAUCGAUAUUCUUUGGACAGCGAUCAAUUUCAUUCAUCGAGUAGAAGCGAUAGCCGUACUACUAUUAAAUCUGAUCUGGUCGCAAUAUAUCCUGAUAUGAAACAAAUCAGUACGUCCAGUGCUCAAUAUAAUCAGUAUGACAACUCGCCAGAUUUGUCCCAAAAAGCAAAAGUUCGAGCGCAGCGUAUUCAAUUAGGAACAUUACUUGAAGAUGACUAA